GAAGGAGAUUUGGAAUAAAUGUACGGGAAAGACUGACGGUAAGAAUCGAGUAUGAUGAGUCAUUGUGUAAAGUGGAAAUUUGAAGGGUGUGUGCAGAAUUGGUAGGACAGUUGGGAUUGCCGGAAUCUUGGAGACUGAUGUUUGUACGUCGGAUAAGGGUUGUUUUUGGGAAGCAUCGGAGUAUUGGGGAUCUGAUGUACGAUUUUAGGCAUGCCGCUAAGAAGGAAAAGGCGGAAUGUGGUUGUGUGGGGAUGGAGGAGAGUUUGACUCGGGUCGAUGCGCAUGUGUGUUUUAGGAUGAGUGAAGCGAGCUUCGUGCCUGAUUGGUUGAAAAACGCUCGCAAUAUUCCGAAACCGACGCAUGCAUGCUCAAAGCGUAAUCUCAGGAAGCAAUUGGUCGAGGGAUUUGGAUCCCUACUGAAUUACUGUCAACUGACAAAAAAGGAGUUCGAAGGGAAGAUUCCUGAUUGGAUGAUUGAAAAGUGCUUCAACAAGAUUAAGGGUGAGUACUGUGGAGGCUGCGAUGUCGCAGAGGUGCGUGGAUGGAGAGAUCGACUAGAUGGGUUAGUAUGUUGCCCAGUAGACCACAAUCCAGGGGAUUCAAUGGUGUGUUGCCCCCUAGUUUAUCGGGAAGGGAUGGAGAAGAUGUUCGUAAAGAACCCAGGGUUUGAGUUGUGUGACCAGACGGAGGAGGAACUGAAUGCUAGCAAUGGUCGAAGCUUCAACAGCCUGGGAUUAACGAAACUGGGUAAGUGGAAUCCGAAGGGUCGAUGCUACGUCAUCCCCAAACAUAAAGACAUCCGGAAGUGGAGACCGAUCUGCCCAACGUUCGAGGAAUGUGGGGUGAAAGCCAGCAAGCGCCUGGCCAGGGCCAUCAACAGAAUGCUGUGGGACCUUCCUCCGAGAAGCAACUUCAACAUGAGAAGCACGGAGGAGCUGAUUGACAGAAUUUUGGAGGCGAAUGAGGAACUAAAGGAGGGGGAGGGCUUUAUUACUGCAGCAUUCGAUAUUAAGGAAAUGUUAUGUAACUUGCCACACGAUGCUGUAAUCGAAGCGGUACGAUGGGUGGUUGAUUUUUGGAUGCUAAAAGGAUGUAAGGGUGUGUUGGUGCAGGAGAGGGGAAGGGGGGCAAAAAUGAGGGUAGGAAAGGGGCAAAUUGGCUGGCUCAGCAUUGACUUCGAUGAUAUCAUUCACUUCGUGGAAUUUGAGCUGCGACGCACUUACGUGAGUGCAUGUGGGCGCAUUCUGAGGCAGCAUAUAGGUAUACCAAUGUGUAAGCCUUCAAGCCCCACGCUCGCCUGCCUGCUGUUGGCAUAUUCGGAGUUCAAAUUCUUGAACUCUCUCGGCCAAAUGAGGGUGCUUACUUACGGAGCACGCAUUAUGGACGAUGUAUCCAUUUUUGUCCGAUAUGUGAAGAAGGAGAUUGGGUCAGAAGACAGAGCUAAGGGAGUGCUAAACGCCUUUGAAAAGUGUUACCAUUGUGACCUUACUUUGGAAAGAACUCACGAGGGACCGCAUUGGGAUUUCCUGGGCUCGGUGGUGACCGUGAGGGAAUGGCCGGAUGGGAUAAUGCGCAGGGGAGCGCUGGCGAAGGCGUGCGCUAGCGAAGGGGAGUGGAGGGGAUCACUGGUGCGAAGAGCGGUGGAGGAGGGGGUGGAGGGGCGGGUGAUAGGUGGAGAUGGAGCAGCUGGGGGGCGGAGAGCUGCGGAGGAGGGGGAAGGGCCGGAGGAGCAGCCCAUAGGUGGAAGAGCAGCGGCAGAAGGGUGGGAGCGCAGGCGGAGGGGAGCAGCCGGAGGGGAGUGGAGAGGAGCGCUGGCGGGGGGCGUGCUGGUUGAGGGGAGCACUGGCGGAGGAGAGCGCUGGCGGGGGGAUCAAGGGAUACGAAAGGAAAUUGGGGGAGGGACGAAGCGGGACGCCGGUGCCGUAGCGCUCUGCUCCCGUGACGCACGUGCGUUAGGGUUUCACUCAGUAGACCGCGGAGUUCACAUGCCAUAUCCCGGGGCGCUCAGCACGGGAGAGACGUGUCACAUAGCUGUCGAGUUUCAACGUGAACUCGAGCUCUUCGUGACGAGGACUUGUCCCAGGAAUGGCGGAGGUGAGGUGUGGAUGUAUCGGGUCGUGGUAAACCCUACUGUGCAAGACAUAGCGGAAUCUUUGAUCACAUUCAAACACUCUGAACUGAAGGACACUGCAUUGGCGGCGGGCUUCCUAUGGAAUAUGCUGAUGUAUCUAGCUCCUGUUGGAGGCUAGUUCCACCACAACAGGGGAAAGGAGGGUAGGCGCUUAGCCGCAUCUCUCCUUUUUUACCGUUCUUACUACUACGUGUCGCAUAGCGGGAAGAGGAUUCUCUGGAGAAGAGACACUUGCCAACUGAAGAGGGAAGACUGGAGGCGAGCUGCAUUUGAAACGUGCUGGAGUAUCUAGCUUCUGCUACAGGCUAGCUUCACUACAACAGGGCUAAGAAGGAAGGGCGCUUGACUGCGGCCUUCCUUUUUGGGCCGGUCUGGAUACUACACGAUCCUCAGUGUGGCUACUUGUGUCGCGAAGCUGGGAAAGGAAUCUUCGCCGAUGAGACACUUGUGAGCCACAGAGGAAACAUCAAGAUCGGGGAAGGAAUCAAGGGCUGGACACGCA